UUUCAACUCCCGAAUAGGUCGGGUCGUUUUUGUCCACUAUUCAGCGAAGAAGUAAAGGCAGCUACAAGUGUUUAAAUCUAACCACAAAAAAAAAACCAAAACCACAUACCAUUAAUUCAGCUCGUCUAUAUUUUUUAUUUUUUUGUGAUUACAAAUUUUAAAAGUUUAAAACGGGGAUUCAUCCCCUUAAGCAAAAAAUGGCGCUCUCAGCCAAGGGUAAACCCUUGAGCUUAGAUGCAGCCAUUACAAAACGCCCAAAAAUUACCGGAAUACAAAAAAAGAGGAGAUCAAACGAAAUUGAAGUGAAUAAAGAAGUGGAAGAGAGAAUGGAGAUGGAUCAUACAGAAACGCCAGAGAACAUAACGGAUUCAUGUGAGACAAACGCACAGAAGGGCAUUAACCUGGAGAAUGGCAGUAAAAACCAACCAAAAGAAGGAGAUAAAGAAAAUGGCAUUGCCAGCAAUAAGGGAAAGCAUUCUAUGCAGGCGGUGGCGUUUACCCGUUUUACAAUAUACGGGACGGCCAAAUAAAUCUUCCCCAAUUUUUUUGGUUGGUUUGGAAGUAACUUAAUACUCAAAAACAAAAAA